AUGGAUCUAGACGACAGGGACAGCUAUGCCCCGAAGCAUGUAGGGCCAAAUGUCUUCCCAAACUUCCUCUACUGGGGACGCCUCGUUCGCCUGGCGCACAAGCAGCAUCUUGUCGCCGUACGAGAUGUCACGUUCGGCUACACCGCGUCCUACCAGCAGCUGCUCACGGACGUCUUGCACUUCCGCAACCAUCUACGCUCCCGAAUGGACGCCAGCACUCUGUCUCGCAUCGAUAGCGACCAGGAGGUGUUCGCCAACGUGCUCGGCCCAGGCGGCUACGAGUUCACAGUGGCGUUUCUGGCGCUGGUGGCGUUGGGCGUCGUGGUGGUACCGAUCUCGAUGGACCUGCCGGUCAAGGAAGCCACCUACUUUGCCACGAAGUGCAAGUCGGUCGCGGUUGUCACUGCGAGCAAGUGUAUGAAGUUGGGGCGUGAGCUCGAGGGCGUCAUGCGUCAGACUGCCAGGUCGGACUUCCAGUGUGUCGAGAUUGCGCCACAUCUCAUGCAGACACCGUUGCCGCUGGAUCAGAUCAUCGUCAGCAGCGACAAGUACUUCGACAUGAACAAGUCCGGCAUGAUUAUCUUCACAUCCGGCACAACCGGGCCGCCCAAGGGAGCGGUCAAGCGCCGGGGAUUUUUCGUCGAUGUGGCUACUAUGUUCAGCGACCAGUACGACAUGCGCGAGGGUGACAAAGUGCUGCACGUGUUGCCUGUGCACCACGCUACCGGUGUCACUCUUACUUUACUUCCUUUCUUGUGGGCGGGCGGGUCCAUCGAGUUCCGGUCCGGUGGCUUCGAUGUGGCAUGGACAUGGGAUCGUAUCAUGAAGGGCGACCUGGACUUCUUCUCGGGCGUGCCGACCAUCUACAUGCGGCUGAUGGCGCAUUACGAACAGGUGCUAAAGAAGCUACCAGAGCAGCGGCGAGUGGCGUACGAUCAAGGCGCGAGGAGGAUACGCAGUAUGCUAUGUGGAACGUCGGCAUUGCCCAGGCCGCUGCAAAACAACUGGACUGCCUUGAGGGAUGGCAAACCCAUCUUGACGAGAUAUGGCUUGACCGAGGCAGGAAAUGCAUUCAACGUUGCGCCCUGGCUCAAGAACCUGCCUGACGGCACCGUGGGACCCAAGAUGGCGGGCGUGGACGUCAAAUUGACGAGCUAUCCAGAAGGCGAGAUCCUGAUCAAGAGUCCAAUCAUGUUCAGCAAAUAUCUUUUCGACCGGGAAGCCACAGAAAAGAGUCUGGAUGCCGAAGGGUACUUCAAGACGGGGGACAUCGGCCGAAAAGACGGCGACUACUACUUCAUCCUCGGUCGCGCGAGCGUCGACAUCAUUAAGAGCGGCGGCUACAAGAUCUCCGCCCUAGACAUCGAGCGUGAGAUCCUCGGCCUGGACUACGUUGCCGAAGUCAUGGUCGUGGGCGUCGAGGAUGAAGAAUUCGGCCAGCGUGUCGCGGCGGCUAUCGUGCUCAAGCCAGAUGACAAGAACGACGGACUGACGCUGGAUCGUCUGCGUCAGGAUCUGCGCAGCAGUCUGGCCGGCUAUAAAAUGCCGACACUGCUGCGCGUCGUGGAUGAGUUGCGCAAGAACGCCACGGGCAAGGUCAUCAAGAAGGUUUUGGUCACGGAGUUAUUUCCCAGCCAGGAGGCGGAGGGCGUGCAGAAAUGGACGAGUAGGAAGAGCAAGCUGUAG